AUGCUAAUACGAAUGGGAGAAAGUCAGAUGAUGAAUGUAACUUCUCUCAAAAUUUUCAAGAGGGCAUUACCAAUCAACAUACGGAUGAAGAAAUGUUCAGCGCAACAGAUGACUAUGCUGAAAAUCCCGUAUCUGAUACAGCUUCAGUUAUUCAGGAAGAUCUUUCAUUUGAUUCCCAGGAUGCUGAAAACCAUCCAGGGCAAGAUUCCUCUAAUGCUGAAGAGACGCUUGAAAGAGAAAGAGAUAGAAUAUUUGAAAAUGCUGCUGAACCCCAGUGCUGAUUUUAAGAAAGCAUUCUGUGAGUUUGAAGUGUCAAGUGGUAAUAAAGUCACAGUCAUUGAACCUGUCACCUCUGAGGAAGUGUUGAUGACGUUCGAAACCGAAACUAUAGUCGAACUGAAGUCAAUUUUUCCAACAUCAAUCGAGGAACCUACUGAAAUCAUCGCAGAGACAACUGAGGCAGACGUCAUAGGUGAGCUUAUUGAAAUAACUGAUAACUUACCUCCUGAUAUCCAAACUCCAACAGAAGUAAUCGAACCCGAAGAUAUUGAUGGUGAAAUGAUUGUUGAAUCUUUUGAGGAGACAACUGAUGUAGUUUUACCAACAUUCAUCCAAGAAAUGGAGUCUUUGAGAGGUACGCCAGUGGAUCGAGAUGUAUAUCCUUCAUUCUCAAUACUGAAUAAGAAAUCCGACGAUGAAUCGUUGCAUGAUGAACCAUCCAGAAAGCGUUUAAGUGAUAUUCAAGAAGAAUCUUCUCGGAUUAAAAGACCAAAACCUUCAUUGUCCUCUUUUAACCCGUUGAAAUGGUUUUUUCCUAAUACAAAACUUAGAAAAAAACCAUCUAUUCCAGUUCCGCAUCUUGAAGAUGUCCCGACGGAAAAUGAAAGUGAGUCUUCCUCUGAAGCUUUUAUUGAGGGUGGAGCGAAGGCUGAUCAACAUGAUUCCUCCUCUGGCGGUGAGGGUGAGUCACCCAUAGACUCCGGGGUAGGAUUUGGAAAUAACCUCAUAGAAGAAGAUACAGCGUUAAAAGAUGAGGGCGAUUUGUUCACUUCAAGUGAAGAAAGCAAUGUCGUUGAAGAGUUUAUGGUGAAUGAAGAUAGGAAUGAGAAAGAGAAUAUCAAACAUGAGAAUCCUACAGACCCUCUAGAACUGACAAAAGAGAGCACUCCUCUUGACUCAUCUGAGAUGUCUGAACCCUCUAAUGUUGCGGAUGCAAAGAAAUUAACACACAAUGAUCCGAAGGAGAAAGAAGAAGGAGCAGAACUUCCAAUAGCCGGAACACAGACUGUCCUCGACACUGGUGAAGAUGAAGCCAAAGUUCGCUUCCUCUCACGUUUCUCUCCCGAAGUUGAUGGCGAUGAUGAUGAUGAUGAUGAUGAUAAUGAUUUCGUCGACGCAAGUGGUGAAUUUGGGAAUUUGGAAGGGAAAGAAACUACUAUUGGGGGUUUUCAAUUCAAUAUCAUUGCUCCUCUGUCUGAAAAUCUCCUUAAUAAAGGCAAAACGAUUAUGAAGGAGCUUGAAAGCUUGUCUGAAGCAUCUAAUGAUGAGUCCGAUGAAGGCAUAGAGAAUGAGGAUAUGAAUAUGUCUUCGAAUAAUUAUGAAGAGAACAGGGGGUCUUCAGGAAAGGAGAUAGGUGAUGAAGUUGAAAUGUAUAAAAGUGAAAACGCAAGCAAUUCUGCAAAUACGAGUGAAAAGUUUCUUCCAGAGAAGGAAGAACAGAAAAGCCAAAAGACUCCCGAUAAUAUUGCCCUAGCACCAGUUGAAUCUAUUCUUGCAGUAUUUAAGGACAAAGUCAAUCAUGUUAUAAAAGAGAGAGAUAAUCGAAUUUCCAGCAAGGCAAACGAACCCGAAGUGAAGAAGGGACCUCUCAAUGGCAUUGAAUCUCCAGAGGAUAAUCAUCAGCAAGAAUUAGAUUGUCAAAUUCCUCAAAAGGGAAGUGAGAUUCCAGAGAUACAACAAAACGUGGGUAAGCAUCAGGAUGACGGAAGUCUGUUGAUGCAAGAGAAAUCCACUCGAAAUGUCAAUGAUUCUGAAAUGACUAUGCAUCCAGUUGCAGAAAAACGGACACACCCUAAAACGGGAAAAAGAAAAAUCCUAGGAUUGGAAAUUUCUGAGGAUUCGACCCCGCCUCCAAGGAAGCGUACAUUGCGGAGUCAAACCAAGCACGAGUUGGGUGACGAAAAUGCUGAACUGGUGGAGCAUGAAGAAAAAAACUGGAAGGAAGAAAAACCACAAGAAGCUGAGGUCCCUAUGACUCCUGUCUUAGGAGAAGACCUAGAAGCAAAAAACAAUGAACCUGCGAAUUUUUUCCAUUCGCCGCUCAAAGUGACAAAAUCUAGGUCCCAAAGGAAACCAAUCCAAGAACAUUCUUCACCUACAUUAGAUGUGCCACUGCUGCCCGGUCGUAGGCGUGUUUCAAGUGGUAAGUGGUUGCUCGAUCUGACGGACCAUCCGGCUUUGAGAACAAGGUCGAAGUCUCCGAUAAAAAGGACAAUUCAACAACUAUCUUCGGAUAUCGAUGAUGAACCGCUCAAGCGCAGGAGGGUAACGAGAAGUAGCAAGAAGAAAGCUGAAGAAGAAAAAACGAAGGAGGAAGAGUUACGAGGUCGCGCUAGAGAGCGUCGAUAA